CAUCAUCUUCCGCCUUCAACGCCACUUUUCGCUUUUCUUUUUCGAAGAACUGUUCUCCUGUAUACCCCGAACCGACACUGUGCCAUUUGCUUGACGCCGGGCGUUUGCCCGCCAUCUUUUGUUCACUUCACUGCAGACGCUCUUUGACCUUUCACCCUCACCAUGGACUCCAUGUCCGACGAAUCGGCCUUUGAGGACGGAAACGUGAGUUCCGACUUCGAGGCGCCAAAGCCAGCAGCAAAGAAGGCCGCGCCGAAGAAGGCCGCCGCACCAAAGCCCAAGGCUGCCGCACCCAAGGCUGCCACCGCGAAAAAGACCACCAAGAAGGCGCCGAAACCGAUCGAAGAAGACAGCAUCAUGGACGAUGAUGACGACGACGUUUCUCCCCCAGCGCCAGGCCCCAAGGCAAAAUCGGGCACCGCCACCCAGAAGUACCAGAAGCUCACGCAGCUUGAACAUAUCAUCAAGCGACCGGAUACGUACAUUGGCUCUAUAGAGCGCACCGAAAAGCAGAUGUGGGUGUUCAACUCGGAAACAGAGUCCAUGGAAUCCAGGGAAGUCAGCUUUGUGCCCGGUCUGUACAAAAUCUUUGAUGAGAUUCUCGUCAAUGCCGCGGACAACAAACAAAACGACAAGAACAUGAAUGAGAUUAAGGUCACGAUAGACCGUGAGUCCGGAGAGAUCAGCGUCCGCAACAACGGAAAGGGCAUCCCUAUCGAGAUACAUGAAACUGAGAAUAUCUUUGUCCCCGAAUUGAUUUUCGGACACCUCUUGACCUCUUCCAACUAUGACGACGAUCAGCAGAAAGUUACCGGUGGUCGCAACGGUUACGGUGCAAAGCUCUGUAAUAUCUUCAGUACGGAAUUCACCCUCGAGACGGCCGACUCUCGCGCGCAAAAGAAAUACAAGCAGACGUGGACGGAGAACAUGGGCAAGAUGGGCAAAGCCAAGAUCACGGCUUGCAAGGGUGACGAUUACACGAAAGUCACAUUCAAGCCCGAUUUUACCAAGUUUGGUAUGGAUGGCAUCGACGACGAUUUCGAGGCUCUCGUCAAGCGACGUGUCUAUGAUCUUGCGGGAACAAGCAAAGGCGUCAAGGUGUUUUUGAACGGCGAAAGACUGAAGAUCAAGAACUUCAAAGAGUACAUGAAAAUGUAUACCAAGGCCAUCAAGUCCGAGCAGGUCCAGGCCAGUGGUUCAGAAGAUGCCGCCGAGGUCAUUCUCACCGACAACCCGGAUGAGCGAUGGGAGAUCGGUUUUGCUGUGUCGGACGGCUCUUUUCAACAGGUUUCAUUCGUCAACUCCAUCGCAACGACAUCUGGCGGAACUCACAUCAACUACAUCGCUGAUCAAAUUGUCAACAAGCUAGUGGACAUCGUCAAGAAGAAGAACAAGGGUGGUUUCCAGCUGAAGCCGGCGCAACUUCGCAACCACAUUUUCCUUUUCGUCAACUGUCAGAUCGUCAACCCGGCAUUCAACUCCCAGACGAAGGAACAGAUGACGACAAAGGCCAGCCAGUUCGGUAGCAAAUGCACUGUCUCGGAAAAAUUCCUUAAGGACAUCGCGAAGACGUCAGUCGUUGACAACAUCCUUCAUUUCGCCCAACAAAAGGCCGAUCAGGUGCUCAAGAAAUCAGAUGGUGGCAGGCGACUGCGCAUGAACCACUCCAAAUUGACAGACGCCAACAAGGCUGGUACCAAAGAUGGCUAUAGAUGUACUCUUAUCCUUACAGAAGGUGACUCGGCCAGUUUGCUUGCUUUGGCUGGGCGUGCAGAGGUGGAUCCAGAUCUUUUCGGUGUCUUUCCGCUACGUGGUAAAAUGCUCAAUGUUCGCGACGCCUCCAUCGACCAGAUUUCCAAGAAUCAGGAGAUCCAGAACAUCAAGAAGUUCCUCGGUCUGCAACAUAAGAAAGAAUACACCGACACCAAGAGCUUGCGGUAUGGACACCUCAUGAUCAUGACUGAUCAAGAUCACGAUGGUAGUCAUAUCAAGGGUCUUUUGAUCAACUUCUUGCAAGUUCAGUUUCCCAGUUUGUUGAAGAUCGACGGUUUCCUUAUGGAGUUUAUUACACCCAUUGUCAAGGUUUGGAAGGGCGACCCCAAGCACCCGAAGCAACUCAAAUCUUUCUUCACGAUGCCCGAGUACGAGGCUUGGAAAGUAGAUCCGACGCAUCAGAAGGGUUGGGAUCACAAGUACUACAAGGGAUUGGGUACCUCCGAUCCUGCGGACGCCACCGAGUAUUUCCAGGACCUCGACAAGCACUUGAAGGAGUUCCACACCAUGAAGGAGAACGAAGCUCAAAUGAUCGACCUUGCAUUCUCAAAGAAAAAGGCUGACGCCCGCAAGGAGUGGCUGCGCAACUUCGUUCCUGGAACAUACCUUGACAUGUCCACGCCCAAGAUUUCCUACGAUGAUUUCGUCAACAAGGAACUGAUACUUUUUUCUAUGGCGGACAAUAUGCGUUCCAUCCCCUCUGUCGUUGAUGGCUUCAAGCCUGGUCAGCGCAAGGUGCUUUACACCUGUUUCAAGCGAAACGUCAAGAAAGACUUGAAGGUCAACGAACUUGCCGGUUACGUCUCUGGUUUGACGAAUUACGCGUACGGUGAUGCAUCUCUCCAACAGACCAUCACUGGUUUAGCGCAAAACUUUGUCGGUUCCAACAACAUCAAUGUCCUGGAGCCAAGUGGUAACUUCGGUUCCCGUAUUCAGGGUGGUAGCGAUGCGGCCAGCGCUCGUUACAUCUACACUCGACUUUCACCAUUCGCUCGCCGGCUGUUCCACGCAACGGACGAACCCCUGCUUGAAUAUGAUCAGGACGAUGGCAGGACGAUCGAGCCGACAAUGUACGUCCCCAUCUUGCCCAUGAUUCUUGUCAACGGCGCGGACGGUAUCGGUACGGGUUGGAGCUCUUCCAUUCCCAACUACAACCCUAUUGAGAUCGUGGAGAACAUCAGGCGCAGAAUGUCGGGUUCCUCUAAAGAUGACAUGGUGCGCAUGAACCCAUGGUUCAAAGGCUGGACUGGUCAAAUUGAGGACAUUGGUGGCGACCGCUAUAAGUUCACCGGUACUAUUCGGCAUACUGGAGCCAACGAAGUUGAGAUCACUGAGCUACCAAUUCGUGUUUGGACUCAGGAUUUCAAGGACAAGCUUGAAGACAUCAUCAAAGCGGAGAAGACGCCCUCCUUCAUUAAGGAUUAUAAUGAGUACCACACCUUGACCACGGUGAACUUUGUCGUCAAGAUGGCGGACGAUAAGAACAUGAAUGCCGCCUUGGAGAUGGGCCUAGAAGAGCGCUUCAAACUUUCCAAGACCAUGGCGACUUCAAACCUUGUUGCUUUUGACGCGCAGGGCAGGAUCCACAAGUACGCUUCUGAGCUUGAUAUCAUGGAGGAAUUUUACCAUGUCCGGCUGAAGUUCUACGAGAAGCGCAAGCAGUACAUGCUCAAUGAGAUGCACAAAGAGCUUGAGAAGCUCACCAACCAGGCUCGCUUCGUCCAAAUGAUCAUUGACGGCAAGUUGGUGGUUUCGAGAAAGAAGAAGGCCGCGCUCGUUGCGGAGCUCAAGGAGAAGGGUUUCACGCCGAUCCCGAAGGUCUCGGAUGCCAAGAAGCAGGGUGAAACCGAAGAAGUCGUGGAAGAGGAGGAAAGCGAGGAUGAUGAGCCUGGCGCAAAUGAUUAUGAUUACUUGCUCGGCAUGGCCAUCUGGUCCUUGACCGUCGAACGCGUCGAAAAAUUGCGCAAGCAGAUCGGCGAUAAGGAAGAAGAGGUUGACACCCUUAUCAAGAAGUCGCCGAAGGACUUGUGGAAUGCCGAUCUGGAUGCCUUCGUCGCAGAGUGGCACCAGCAGCUCGAGGACGAGGCAAACAACAGCAAGAAGUCGCGCAGAAAGGGUCGUCGCGCUUCUGCUAAGCUCCGGAUCGGAGGUAAAGGACCUGCCGCCAAGAAGAGAAAGGCGGAUGAUAGUGACGCGAUGAGCGACGACGAUUUCGAGAUCAAGCCUAAGAAACCGACGAAAGCUGCUCCGAAGCAAAACAGCCUGUUGUCGGGCUAUUUCGACAAAUACAGCGACUCUGCGGCCAACAAACCGGCUUCCAAGGUUGGUGAAACGAAACCUGCCGCGAAGGCUAAGGCCAAAGCCUCGACAACUUCGACCAAGCCGAAGAGCAAUCUCCUUACCUCAUACUUCGAAGACAAAGCCAAGAAGUCGGACACUGCAAUGGAAGUUGACGGUGCUUCUGACCCUCCUGAUGUAGAACCCGACUCGGAUGAGGUCAUUUCCAAGCCCGUCACCACGGCCGCUGCAAAGCCAAGGAAGGCCGCUGCCAAAAAGCCUGUCAUUGAAGACGAUGAAAGUGAUGAGGAGCCCGCUCCGCAACCAAAGCCAAAGAGGGCCGCUGCCAAAAAGCCUGUCGUCAGCGAUGACGAGAGUGAUGAGGAACCCGCUCCACAGCCAAAGGCGAAUGGCGCGAAAAAACCAAGCAGGUCGGCCAGUGAAGAGAGUGAGGAUGAGGACGUCUUUGCAGCUGUGGCCAAGGAGACCAAGGCCAAGCCAGCAGCACCACCAUCUCGUAGAGCCCGUGUUGCAGCCUCAAAGCCUACCAAAUACGUCUUAUCUGACUCUGAUAGCGAUGCAGAGGCUGCCGGCGAUGAUUUAGGCGAUAUUAGCAGCAUGGUCAAAGGCGCCAGCGGUACCACUGCUGAAAUUCCUAGCCGGUCACUCUUCUCCUUGUCUACUACCGCUCGUCCUUCAAGCGCCAACGGCCUGGGCAAGACUGUUGGCAGCAAGCCCAAACCCGCUCCCCUCAACCUUUCAGAUGAGGAAGAUCAGACCGACUACACCGCCCUGGCACCCCAGCCAUCCCCGCAACGCACCCGCAUAGCGAACGACACGAUUCUUUCUGUUUCUGACGACGACGUGGACAUGGAGGAUGCGCCCCCACCAAAGCCCGUGGCCAAAGGUCGCGGCCGGCCCGCAGGGAGCAAGAACAAGGCUACCACCGACGAUGCGCCAAAGCCUGCAACGAAGACUACCGCAAAGACUGCCGCGAAGCCUGCGGCGACGAAGGCGAAGCCGGCACCGAAGGCUCCAGCUGCCAAGGCUAAAGAGGCCGAGAAGCCGAAGACCCUUAGUCCGGCCGCCAAAGCUUAUGCAAAGGCCCGACCCGGCAGAGCUGCGGCUGCUUCAAAUAAGAAGUACACGGUUGAAAGUGAUGAGGAUGAGGAAGAGAGUUUCCAAGUGGAAGAUGAUGAUGACGAAAGCGAGGGGGACUUUGAUGAUGAUAGCGAGUAGACGGGGUAGCAAGGGAAAAAGUCCAGGGAGUACCAUUUGCUUCCCAACGGCGUUCGUGGAAUUCGUUUAUCCAAGACUGGAUAACAGAGGGAGUUUUACUGGAAGGGGCAUGAGAGGUGGCUAGCGGAUUUCUGAUUACCUUUUCCUGGCUUUCCGUCGUUGCGCAGUUCGGCUCAGCAGGAUGCAAGAAGAGCGUACAACGGUGUUGGUGUAGCUCAAUCGUCUUAGUUACCGUAGCUGAAGCUUUUUUACGAUUGACGCG